CCCACGGCAGUCUUAAAAAAAUUGUACAUUCUUUGCUGAAAGAGUAGGUAUAUAUAUUUUUUAAACAAAAAUUUUAUUUUCAAAGUAGGGAGAUUUUAAAGGUGAAUGCCUUUCUCAUACUUAAAGUAUUGUCAGUGUAUCUCGCACCUUUUUCCUCGAUGGACGCGCAGAAAUUAUUGUUUCAGUCGUAUUUUUAUCGAUUGUUCUACCUCGAAUCACCAAAUAAAAAUAUCAACAUUGUUAAUUAAUUAUUAUACAUAACAUAAAUAAAAUUUAAACAAAAAAAUAUAAGCAAAAUUUUGAUAAAUAUUUGGAUCAAAAAGUAAUUUAUCAUGAUGUGUUAUAUUGACCAUCACAGCAUUAAUUUAGGAAUAAUGUGGAAAAGUAUAUUUAUAUUGACUUUAUAUAUAUCAUGUUCAAAAAGUCAACUAAACUAUGAGGGUAAUCCUCUCACUGAGAAUACAGAAUACACUGCUGAAGAAACUCAUUAUAAAACAAGACAUGAUAGUAAAAGAUCAAAAAACUUUGAUGAAAAAAGUCAAUUUAUGCAACCAUACAGUAUUGAACAAAACAAAUUUAAAACUAUUGACAGUGAAGAAUUUAUUUCUCCUGGUAUGACAUUACCAACAUCAAUUGUAGAAAAUUUAGAUAAAUCAAUUGACAUUUUAUCAUUGGAACAACAGUCAUCAUCAUCAAAUGAUUUUAAUACAAUUGACAAUAAAAAUGAUAAUAAAUUAUAUUAUACAACAAAUACAAAUAACAUAAAUAAUGAAACACAAUUAAACAACAACAAACAAAUACCAUUACCAGCUAAAAUUGCAUUAAAUGAUUUUUUAAAUUCAAAAACACCUGAAGAAUCACAAUGGGCACUAGAUAAUUUUAUUAAAAAUCAACAAGCAACUAAUGAAAUUCAAACAACAACAACAAUAAAUCCAAAUUAUUAUCUAAAAAAUUCACAAGAUUAUCAAGAUUUUACUGAACAAGAUAAUUCACAAAUUAAUAAUAAUAAUAUGAAUUUUAAUUAUGAUAAUAUAAAUAAUAAUCAGAUGAUAAAUUCAUUAGAAAAUUAUCAAAAUAUUCAACAUACAACAUCAGCAAUUCCAACAAGAGAUAGUUUUAAUUCUCCAGUAUAUCAAAGUUCAAGAUUAAUACCAUGGCAAAAAUUACCAUUUCAAAAUAGAAAUGAUUAUAUUCCAAUUUCAAGAAGACGUUUACCUCAACAACAAUAUCGACAAAUGCAACCACGUGUACCAUCUCGUUAUCGUGCACAAUCACGUAUUGGACCAAAUAUUAUUCACAAGCCACCACAUCUAUCUUUACCACCACCAUCUUCAUCAUUUAAUAAUUAUCAUCAUCAUCAUCCUCAUCAUCAUAAACCAGUUGAAAUAAUAUACACAAAACCACCAAAUUUAAAUCAUCAUCAUCAUGGAUCAAUUGGAAGCCCUCCAGUUUCUUAUGAUACUCCUCAUGAUUAUUAUCCAAAUGAUGUACAUUAUUCACAACUUUGGUCACAAUCUUAUGAUCCUCAUUAUUAUGAUUAUAUUGCUAAAACUGGUAAAAUAAAACCAUGGUUAUAUGGUAAAUUAGGACAUGAUGAUCAUGAAAAUAGUGGCUUUUGGAGUGAGCUGUUUGUUAAUUUUAAAAAACAUGGAAUGAAAAAUAUGAUGAAUCCAAUGUUUUUAAUGGGUUUAUCAAUACCAAUGUUGACACUUAUGUUAUCAGCAUUAAUACAAAAACGUUCAUUUGCAAGAUCACAUUCAGAUUAUCAUAUUAGUGAAGAUAAAAUUAAUGAAAUGGUGGAAAAAGUUAGUCGUGCUAUUGAGUGCUAUAAAAAAAAUAAUACAAGGUGUUGAAAGUUAACAAAAAAUAAUAUUUAUUUAUUUAUUUAUUGAUAAAAUUAUUAGUUAUUUUUUUUUCAACUAUGAGUGAUAAUUAUUUUCUGGAAAUUAUGGAGAAAAUUGUAUUGCAAAAUAUAUAAGUAUUGUGCUAAAAUUAUUGAUGCAAAUCGAUAAUGGAAUUCGAAGCACGUAUAGAAAAAUAAAAAAAUUAAUUGGACAAUUGAAAAAAAAAUAAUUGUUUAGGUCAAAUAAAU